AGGAGAGAGACGAGAGAGAGAGAGAGAGACGAGAGAGACGACGUGACACAGACGACGCUAGCAAUCGAUGUUUCUGAAAACCUCGUUCACCACGCUGAUCGUGGGGGUGUUUGUGGUGUACGUGCUCCACACCUGCUGGGUGAUGUACGGGAUAGUGUACACUAAACCCUGCGACCACCCCAAAGGUGACAACUGUAUCACGCCCUUCCUGGCUGGAAACCCGAAAUUACAGUUGAGUAUCUACACUGCACUGCGGCCCAAUGCAGAGGGCGGACAUACCCUGAUCCACAAAGAGGACGAAUUUGAUGUCGACGGCAAGUUUGAGAGGAUAGUGAAUGUCUCCCUCCCUAAGAAGACCCGUAACAAUGGAACAUUAUAUGCACUAAUAUUUGUCCAUCAAGCCGGCGUCACUCCGUGGCAGGAUCAACGACAGGUCCACUUGGUGGCUCAGCUCACCACCUACAUGGUUCCUAAACCGCCUGAGAUCUCUUUGAUAUCCGGAGAGGAUCAAACAAAGGGUCAGAAAGAAGAAGCCCAGAAGAAGAAACAGGGAGAUGGCAACCCCGCGGCAGGGGGUGGAGCUGGAGGUGGACCCACCUCUUCGUCAGUUCACCCAGCUUCCCAUUGGCGCUCCCGCCUGACACUGAACAUUGUCAGCGACCACUUCAUGUUUGACAGAGAAUACCUUCCUAGUGAUGUCCACAGAUACCUCAGAGUAUUCCAAAAUGGUAAGAAAAUGGUUUAUCUACCUCUGCUGUUUGUUGAUGAGCUCAGCAACCGGGUCAAGGACCUUGUGGAGAUCAACAGUACCUCCAUGGAGCUCCCUCUGACCAUCUCCUACGAUUCUAUCUCUCUGGGAAGGCUAAGAUUCUGGAUCCACAUGCAAGACGCUGUUUUCUCUCUGCAGCAGUUUGGUUUCACAGAAAAGGAUGCUGAUGAGAUUAAAGGAAUCUUUGUGGAUACUAACCUGUACUUCCUGGCUCUCACCUUCUUUGUGGCUGCCUUCCAUCUGCUCUUUGACUUCCUGGCGUUCAAGAACGACAUCAGCUUCUGGAAACAGAAGAAAAGCAUGGUGGGAAUGUCCAGCAAAGCAGUGCUCUGGCGAUGUUUCAGCACCAUUGUGAUUUUCCUCUAUUUGUUUGACGAGCAGACCAGCCUGCUUGUCCUCAUUCCUGCUGGAAUCGGCUCGAUCAUUGAAGUAUGGAAAGUGAAGAAGGCCCUCAAGAUUCAGGUUUUCUGGAAAGGAGGCAAACCAACAUUCCUGUUUGGGCAAUUAGAUGAAUCAGAGAGGAGAACAGAAGAGUACGAUACACUGGCCAUGAAGUACCUCUCAUUCCUCCUUUACCCAUUGUGUAUCGGAGGGGCUGUGUACGCUCUAAUAUUCCUGCGAUAUAAGAGUUGGUACUCGUGGUUGAUCAACAGUUUGGUUAAUGGUGUAUAUGCCUUUGGCUUCCUCUUCAUGCUUCCUCAACUGUUUGUCAACUAUAAGCUGAAAUCUGUGGCCCACCUGCCCUGGAAAGCCUUUAUGUACAAGGCAUUCAAUACCUUUAUCGACGAUGUGUUUGCCUUCAUCAUCACGAUGCCAACGUCCCACAGACUGGCCUGUUUCAGAGAUGAUGUGGUGUUUCUCAUUUACCUUUACCAGAGAUGGCUCUACCCAGUGGACAAAACAAGAGUAAAUGAAUAUGGAGUUUCUUAUGACGAAGAACCCAAAGGAAAGUCCCACAAGGACUAGAGAGGAAGGACGGGUUAUUGGCUUCCAUGAUCUUGUAUCUGCGGGUUUAGUCUGCGGUCCACUGGUAUCCACUAAUCUCAUUUGGUAUCAGCUGAGCUGGUUUAAUGGUCCAGAGGCACCUGGAAAAAUAUUUUUCUGUUUCUGGUCAGUUAGUUGUAAAUGGACCAGGCGCAUCAACAUCCUUGUGGUUUUUGACUUUUCCAUCCCGUCCCAUAGUGUAAAGUGUUAAAAGGUCAACAUCUGCUAAUCUGCCUUUUGCAGUCCGGAGAGGUUUUUUGUUUUGUUUUGUGGUAUGUGACGGGAAAGGUUAGGCCAGUCAGAUAAAACUCUUCCGUUUAAAACUGACGACCUGGAGCAAAUGUGUUUCCGAUUGGUGUGAAUGGCCGGCACCCUGCUCCAGACUAUGACUGUCUACCACAGGUACAGGCACUGCUCAGCUCUUGUAUGAAAGAGUACACUGAUGAUGACUAUAGUCAUUCUUCUAUAGCACAUAUUGGUGUUAACUUCAAGCCUUCUCAGCUAUAAAAUCCGCUCUUCCUUUUUUUUUUUUUUUUUCAAUUUACGAAACCAGUCACAUUCCAUGUCUAUUGGAACAUCUCCGUCCUUUUCUUAUCAUUGAAGGGUUUUUUAACCUUUUUUACCUACCUGGUUUUCAGCUUUGGGUGUCUGCAAAUACUGACUUGGUUGUGCUAAGCUGCAAGAGAAAAUUAUGAUUUAUUACAUUGGGUUAGACUCCCAUUUUUAGCUGAAGAACCACUGUAAAUAUUGCAAUGUCCAAAAUGGAUUGUUCUGAUUUGAAACAUUUUGAUGUUUACAAAUUCCAAUUAACUGACAUAACAGUACAUUUUGAGAACAUGCUGGUUUAGACUGCUUUGAGGAACCCAUAUCUAAAUAUAUAUUUUUUCCAUAUUAUUAUUCCAUAAGCGCCAAGCCUGAUACAUCAGAGCUUUACAAAAAAUCUGAGUUUUCAAGUCAUAGUUAUAGCUUGGAUUUUGAAAUGAAUUUACAAGUUGGAAACAAGUGGACAUAAUUACGGUAAUUCUGCUAUAACAUGAAAGCUGCAUUAGGCAAAGGUGGGCAGUACUGAGACGUGGACAAAAGGUGGAUGUAUUGUUAGUUCAUUUAAAUAUUACUGAUGCAAAAUGCAAGUGCUUUUCUAGACAUUCUAUGAAAUUAUGUUAAUAGUGUUCAAAUGUUGCUCACUGAAAAUGCUGUUGACAAUUUGCCUCUUAAAAGGUAUCAUUGUGUAGACAAAGUUUUUAUCCCAAAUUCUAAUGCUGACAAAGCUAAUACAUGUUAACCCUGAGACAAAUUCCAAAAUGACGGAGCCUGUUUUAAAGUGAGAACAUAUAUAUAUAUAUAUAUAGGCCCCUUAAAAGCUAACAAAAAAUGUGUCCGAAAUUUCAAAUCUGCAUGUAACUUCCCCCUAUGCACAUAUAGCUGUAAUAGAAGCACAGUAGAGGAUUCCAACUUGUUGUGAUGAAGAGGAUAGAUUACCUGAACGUUCCAGAAUUUUGAGCUGAAGUAGAAGCAGGUAGAUCAUUCUUAUUUGUUGCCAUGGAGAUGGGGAUAAACUGCCUGAACAUUCUAGAAUAUUAAGCUUGAAGGUUCCAGAAUUUGUAGAGUUGAACUGUCUCCUGCUCUGUCCACAUGCUAAACGAUUACUUUUAUAACACUGUAACACAGAAGGGUGCCACUGAAAGCCAUACUGUCCUUUCCAUCCACUCUAGUUUUGUAGUUUUACCUGCUCAAGUAUUUUUUUAAAUAUCAGGGCCAAGAAGAUAUGUUAGUGCCAAAUGUGAGAAUGAUUCCUAAAACUGUUUCUGAGCUUUGUGUGUUCAAGAUAAAGGAUCCAUCUGAUGUUUCUAAGUAGACACUGACAUUGUGGGUGAAACAGUAAAUGGUAAGACUUGAGGAAAGUAUUACUACAUCUAGACUUUCAGUCACAUUUUGUUUUUUCCAUAGUUCUGAUGUUAUGUUGUUUUUUGUUUGUUUGUUUAAAUAGAAAGACUACUUGGGAUCACUACUCCAUUUUCAAAUAUCAAGACAUAUUAGGUCUGUGUACAGCACAGGCUUUCUGUUCCUGUGUAAAUGCAACCAGGAGAUUUGCCAGAAUAUUUGCCUUGAAAUGGUUUUACUUAUUGUAAUCUUUGUGUUUUUGAUUGAGAUGAAAUAAAAUUGACUGACUGAA